GAAACCAGAAAACCCUCCCCAAAGCGCCAUAUUGAAAUUUCUUUUGAAACGCAAAAACGGGAUAAGCUACACAUUUUCCAACGUAUACAGCGCUUAAAAACAUGUUGGUAUAAACAAGCCUCAAAUGAGUUUGGAGUUUGGAAUUGGAGUAGAAAUGACGUCACUAUAGCAUAGUGCACGAUGCAGACAUGUGAUGUGAACAAAAAAGAAGCAGGCAAGAUUUGGCUGAGGAAGCCAUCUCCUUCUGGUGACGAUGGGUUGAUGAUACAGAUUAAGCACGAUGUCAGUGGGCCUCUUGCACCAAGCGGUCGGCGAGUGCGCUUCCUCCACACAGCAUUCAAUAACACGGGCGACAGUUUCAUCGCUGGAGACCACCUUGGAAACAUUUACAUCUUUGAUCUUUCCAAGAACAGGUUCCAGUUGGUGCAGAAGACAGGACAGGCAUGUACAUCCCUUGCGUUCACACUGCGCAGGAAGACAGAGUACCUCGCUGCUCUUGCAGACUGCUCCCUCAAAUGCUUCGAUACAGAUUCUAAGGAGCUUGUGGCCUGGAUGAAGGGCCACACUACCCCCAUCCACUCCGUCUCGGUCCACGCCUCGGGCCGCUACGCUCUCACCACCUCCUCCGACACCAGCCUGCUCUGGGACUUGGACACGUUCACCAGAAAACGCAAACUCAAUGUCAGGGAUGCAGUCGGCAUCUCUAAGGUCUUCUUCCUGCCUCUGAGUAACACCAUCCUGACCUGCUUCCGUGAUGAUUCCAUCUUUGCAUGGGAGUCAGACACCCUCCAGUGCAAGUAUCAGCUGCCCAUUCCCCCUGGCGACAGACCCCACUACAAGGCAUUCGCCACACCCCGGGACGGGCGUCUGUUGGUCGCUGGGGGAAAGUCUCGCUUUCUUCACGUCUGGGCCCUGGACACCCGACACCUUCUGCGGGUCAUUGAGAUGCCAACCAAGGUACACGUCGUCAAGCAAGUGGAGUUUCUCCCCGAGAGUUUUGACGGCGGCUCAAGUCAGGUUGUGGGAGCUCUAAGCCAGGACGGCAUCAUGCGCUUCAUCAACGUCACUACCUGCACAAUGCUAUGUGAUCUAGGCAGCCUGCAGGAUCGCGUCGUGAACGUCUCGGUCAGCCCAGCCGGACGCCAUGUUGCCGCGGUGGUGGACAGUGGAUGCAUCAAUGUCUACAGCGUGCCUGCGUUGAUGUCGGAUUUCAACAAGCCACCACCAGCCUUGGUCAAAGUUGCCUCCGGCAAGACCAGAAAGAGAGACACAUCCAGUGAUACAACCACAACCACACUCAGGUCCAUGACCCCAGGGAGACUUCAGAUGCCUGGGGCAGCAAGGGAGACACCAGGGGUGACGCACAGGGUGACAACGGGGGUCAGGCGACGGGUGGGGGAGGAGGGGAGCAGGACGUCAAAAAAAGAGGAGAUUUCUGAGUUGCCGGAGGGACUCGAUCUGAACAGGUUGCACGCCAUUCUCAAAGGCUAUGGGGAGUAUCCAGCCAAGUACAGGAUGUUCAUCUGGCGUUCUGUUCUGCGUCUUCCUGAGAACCACACAGCCUUCAGUAGUCUUGUAGACAAGGGGACCCACAUCGCUUGGGCCAAGGUGCACGAGACCUACCCCAUCAAGAGCCGGAAACUACUCAGGGUUCUGCAAAGGACCUUGUCUGCUUUAGCCCACUGGUCUGCCGUCUUUGGAGAGGCUGACUUCCUUCCCCUCUUGACGUUCCCUUUUGUGAAGCUGUUCCAGAACAACCAGCUCAUCUGCUUUGAGGUCCUUGCCACUGUCUUAAGUAAUUGGUGUCAGCUCUGGUUUGAGUUCUUCCCCAACCCUCCUGUCAACGUCCUGUCUAUGGUGGAGAACGUACUGGCUUACCACGAUCGGGCCGUGCUGCAACAUUUUGUCAAGUACGGCGUGACCUCUCAGGUCUACGCUUGGCCGUUGCUUCAGACGUUACUGUCAGAGGUUGUGACUAAGGAAGAAUGGCAGCGAUUGUUUGACAACAUCUUCACCAACCAUCCAGCAUUCUUGCUCAUCGUCGUAGUCGCUUACAUUGUCAGCUCCAGGCAGCCUCUGCUACAAUGCACUGAUGUAGAUGACUUCAAGUACUUCGUCCACCAUCGCAAUGCCGUACACAUCGGCACAGUCAUCAGCGAAGCAUAUCGUCUGUGGGACGGCACACCCGAUGACAUUCACCCCAAGAGAAUGCUGGACGACUUCAAACCCUUAACCAAGGGACAGUAUCCCAUAUUCAACAAGUACCCAAAAUUCAUCGUAGACUAUCAGGCCCAGGAGCGGGAGCGAAUUCGUCAGGAUGAGUUGGAGUUCCUCCACCAGCGCCAAGCGGCCGCCGAGCUCAAACGAGAGCUGGACAAAAGACAGAGCGAGGAGACGGCGUGGUACCGACAACAGAAGCUGCUGAGAGACGCGGAGGAGCAAAGAAGGAGUCUGGUAGCUGAGGAGGAGCAGAAACUCAUCGAUCAACGAGUCAGAUUGCAAGCGAUGAAGCGAGAGUUGCACAUCCAAGAGCUGCAGCUCCUGGACGGAGCCAAGAGGAAGUUUAUGCAUCAUCAGCAGACGCAGAAGGAAGCUGAGCUCAGCAGGCUGGAUGACGAGAUUGCUAGAAAGAGUUUACUGCGAGAGCAAGAAACCAAGGCAGCAAUGGAUGACGUAGAAAUCCGACGGAUGGAGCUGCAGGCCCAGAAACAACUCCUGGAGCAGGACCUUGCUAAAGGUUUGUCAGAGACCACGUACCAGGAGAGAGCAGAUGCCGAGGCCUACCGACGCCAGGCAGAGCUGGAAGAGAGAGUCCGGCGGAGAGCGUGGGAGGAUGUACAGGACAAACAACAUGCCACGAGAAAGCAACUUCAGACAAGCACUGCCAAGGCGGAAGAAAUAUCUGAGGAAGCCGGUUUGAGGAGAGACUCUGAGUAUCGCCGGAGAAUGGACGACUUAGAACGACAACUCAGGAACUCGGAGCUUUCAAGACUUCAUGAUGAGAAUCACAAUCUUGAAGAGGAAAUCCAGUCCAUCAUGAAGAGAAUCGCUGGCAGGAAGUUGGAGGAGGCGAAAGAGAAAACGGCAGAUUUCCACCAACAGAGGGCGCUCUCCGGUGCUCAUGAUGGACAACGAACGAAACCUGGUCACCAACAAGGUCAUGUAGUUGGAGCUUCAAAUCUUAACAACAGUUCAUCAAUGAGGAAAGCCUUAAAUGACUUCAGUAGUUCAGAAGAGGACGAAGUACCAAUUUCUCUGGAUCGAGGGAGGGACACCUUCGAACAGCGAGAGAAAAAUCUGAUGAGGCAGGUCCAGGAACUCCGGAAGAAAAUCGCCAUGGAAACCAGACAGCGACAUCCUCCGCCUACAUUUGAUGUAGACGAUGGAGGAAGUGAAAACGAAUGACGGGGAAAUAAAAAAGUUGGACUAUGUUUUCACGUCACACUGUACAAAAAAAAUUCUGGUAAUGGACUUACAACAAUCUGAUGAAAAAUCAUUUAAACAAAAAGAAGAAUUGAAGUCUGUGGAGCUGCUAAGCUAAUUUUCCUUAGGGAAUUUGUGUGCUAAGCACAAAUGGGCCAAGUACCAGUCACGUUUAAUAAACAUUGCAAGAUGUUUUAGCUGGUAACCUGUCAUUGCUCUAAUCUACAUUGUAUUAUUCAAACUUCUGCUGUUUUUUAUUUAAUUUUUUUUUUCCAAGUUCGGUAUAACUGAACCUCGUUUUGGACUUUUGUAUAUUGUUGUACAUAAUGUAUAUUGUGGUUGCUGUUUUCAUGAAAUAUUUCCACGUCCAAAAUAAUACUGGGACAGCUAUUUAAUAAGAUUUAGAAGUGAAGAAUUUUUGAGGUUGAUUACCAGUUGUGCCUGUUUUAAUUUUCUUGCUCUGAAGUGUUUUCACAUAAACAUGGUGUUCAAUUCAAACUUGAAUUUUACAUUUCGUUUGGAAAUUGUGUUUGCAACAAAUGAUUACAUGUUUUUAUUUACAUAUAUACAGUGUAGCUAUAAGAAUAACACAAAGUCAUGGAGCCUAGAGGUAAUUAUUUUGUGUCAAAAGUUGAAAAGUUUAAAAUCAUUUUUUUUCCAACUCUUUGACAAUUACCAUUGGGCAUUGCUUGCUUCUGAAGUAGUUGAAAUGUUAAGUCAAUCUAUGCAGUUUAUGCGAUUCACAAUUUUCGGAAAUAAGUGCACACAAACCAGAAUUCUGGAUUUGAAAUUUAAAAUUUUUGAAUUUUCCAAGAAUUUGUUAUUUAAACUUAUGCAUUUUGGUACAGAGUUAGUGACAAGUAAAAUGUAUAACUGUUCAAUCCAUGCAAAAGUUAAAUGAAUACCCAUUAAGGAAUGCAAUGCAAAAGUAGUUGGAGUGUCGUUCUCCAUUUUGAGGAGUGAAAAUGUCCAAAUGCAUUCUAUGGUCUGCAACUGUUGUAUUUCCUAGUUAUUUAUAGAAGUCAAAUCCAUGGAAUCUAUGCAGAGUAAGUGUACCUCAAAGGCUAACAUUUCCUCUGUUGGAGGACUAGGCCAAGUCUAGGGUGGCUACGAUUUGCCUUGUCGGUAUUGGCUACCCGGAGUUGAAGAGCUGUAAAAAAAAAAAAAAAAAAAAAAUCAGAAAAAAAUAUUUCAAUAAAUUGCAAAAAAAAAGUCAUUGAAUCGUUACAGUCAGUUAUUUGUCCGAGCAGUACAAGGGAGUGUAGUGAAAUGAUCAGUCUCAACAUUUAUUUCUAGAAACAAAUUCUGAAAUGCUUACAUCACUGGCCUUGUUGGAGUGUAGUUGAGCUGUGGGAAACAAAACCAUAAUACAGUGUAUUAGCCAAACAAACAUACCAUUGUCUUGUUUUCCUGGUUUAAAUAUUUGACCC